AAAUUGACAUGAGUAAAAAGUAUAAUAAAGGAAACAGUUGACCAAUAUUUACAAAAUAUUAUACUAAAUCUUUCUUUUUUUUUUUGUUAAGUAUGUGGAUUUUCUAAGUCUUUUAAAAUUGAACAAUUCGCUUUCUUCUCCCUUCGGCAACCGCUUCUUCCUUCCUUCUUCUCAAGUCUUUGUGAUCAAAACUUUCUCCAUCGAAACUUUUUCAUCUACUCUUAAGAGAAUGGAGAACACAAACAACUCUCGUGAAGCAACCUUACCCGAUCCUUCGUCUCCUCCUCCUCGCUCUACUUCUUCUUCAGGCCUCCCUUCCUCUAAGAGUAAAUGCGCGAUUUGCUUGGAUGAGAUUAGGAAGGAAGACGGCAAAGCAAUAUUUACUGCAGAGUGCUCACACUCGUUCCACUUCGAUUGCAUCACCUCCAACGUGAAACACGGCAACAGGAUCUGCCCUUUGUGUAGAACCGAGUGGAAACAAGUCCCUUUGUUCGUUGAUAACCGUGUCCCUGCCCCUACCUUUCCGGUUCAGACCGGUUUUGAAGAUGAUGAGCCUUUAGUGGCGCAGAGUGGUCAGCCUUCUGGUGUUGCUGCUGCUCAUCGUCAAGCGCUGGAGAUUAAACUUCUCCCGCAAGUCUCCGCGGUUGAGAAGUCUGUUGCUCGCGGCGAUUUCGCUGUUCUGGUGCAUCUCAAGGCGGCGGAGGGAGUGAGUGAUGAUAAUGAUAGGCCAGAAACACGUGCGCCUUUGGAUCUCAUCGCGGUUCUUGAUGUGAGUGGUAGCAUGGAAGGAACGAAGCUGCACCUUUUGAAAAACGCUGUUGCGUUUGUGAUUGAUAAUCUCGGAGAGAGGGAUAGGCUUUCGGUGAUCGCCUUCUCCUCCGGCGCCCGCCGGCUGUUCCCUCUCAGGCUGAUGUCUGAGAGGGGAAAGCGCCAGGCGAUCCAGGCUGUUAACACCCUGGUCGCCGGCGGCGGGACGAAUAUCGCCGAAGGGCUCAAGAUUGGCGCUAGAGUGAUUGCUGAUAGGAGGUGGAAGAACCCCGUCUCGGGGAUGAUGCUGUUGUCGGAUGGGCAGGAUAACUUCACUCUUUCUCGUUCUUAUUCUCAUUCUCAUUCUCAGGUUCGUCUGAGAGCUGAUUACGAGUCUCUCCUUCCGAGUUCUCGGAUUCCGAUACAUACAUUCGGGUUCGGCGUCGAUCACGACGCCGAGCUGAUGCACACUAUCUCCCAAGUCUCGAGCGGUACCUUCUCGUUCAUCGAGACGGAGACCGUGAUUCGGGACGCGUUCGCGCAGUGCAUUGGCGGGCUUUUGAGCGUUGUGGUUCUUGACCAGGUCGUUGAGAUCGAGUGCCUUCACGAGGAAGGGCUGAAGAUAUCUUCUAUCAAAGCAGGAAGCUACAGAAGCAGAGUCUCGUCUGAUGGGAGAACGGCCAAGAUCGAUGUUGGUGACAUGUACGCUGAAGAGGAAAGAGACUUCCUCGUGAUUCUUGAGAUCCCUCGUUGCGAGGAUGAGUCGAUGCCGUUGGUGAAGAUCAGGUGCGUUUAUAAAGAUGCUGUAAGCAGAGAGAUAGUCCGCGUGGAAUCCGAAGAACUGAGCAUCCAAAGGCCAAGGGAGAUGACAGGAGAAGAAGUUGUGUCUGUAGAGGUCGACAGGCAGCUAAACAGGUUCCUUGUGUCGGAAGCUAUGUCUGAGGCUAGGGUUUUAGCAGACGGUGGUGACUUGGAGGGGGCGGUUGGGGUUCUAAGGAACCGUGAGAGGGAGUUGGCAGAGACGCAGUCUGCUCGGGCCAGAGAUGGGCUUUGUCUGUCGCUGUCGUCAGAGCUUGGUGCUUUGCAAGAGAGGAUGAGUAGCAGGAGGAUGUACGAGAGAUCAGGAAGAGCGUAUGCAUUCUCUAGCAUGAGCUCGCAUUCGGCACAGAGGGCAACGGCUCGUUGGCCAGUAUGCGGGUCGGCCGCGCCGCAGGCUUAUCAGACGUCUUCAAUGGCUAGAAUGGUGAGUAGGUCUCAGGAGCUGGGGAUUAAAACCCCUAAACCGUCUCCUGCUCGUCGAGACAGAAGCUGAAUUUGAGAGAAAAGAGACUAGUAAUAAUGAUUGUGUGUUGAUUGCUUUGCUUUGCUUGUUUGGUUUUAUAUGGUUUGAUUAAAAAACUGAGUUGGUUCAGUCUGAUCUCUAUGGGACAAUUGCUGUUUUUUUUUCAGAAGUCAUUUUCAGAUUUGAUGAUUUUAAAAAUGUUUUAAAA